AACGGAUGAUGCCAAGGACAGAAUGGGUCAUUGUGGAUGCGUCAGAAUCACAAAUAUUUUCCACUCGUCGUUGUCACGGAGAAAUUAAAAAUUGAUUUAUUGAAACUACCAAGUUUUAAUAUCAUAUGUCGUUAGGAUUUCGAAUCUUUUGUCGUAAUAACUGAUUAAAUAAAGAAGAUUGGAAAAUCAAAUUCUUUAGGAAUUUUUUAGCCGUUAGACAUUAUUAUAUUUUUCUUUUCAUUUGGAAAUAAGUUUAGUCCACUUAUUUUCACGAGAAUCAGGCAACGUGGGCCAAUGCCAAAUCACUAGGAAUUAUUUACGAGUCUUCGAAAACAUUGUUUAAAUCGAGACUCAAAAAGUUAAAACAAUAGAACUGAAUCUUCAUACGAAAGAAGAUGCAUCCGAUGACAUAUAUUUCGUAGAAUCUGCCAUAUGUUCCUCGCAGUACAGCUAAAGUCGUAAAGCGGUUUUUUUCUGCGUAUUCGUACGUUAUUAUUUUUUUAUAUCCAAUUAUGACUUCUUAAAUGUUUCACUCUGCCUUUCCAUAGUUCUGAAACUGUUAUUACGAAGAUGAUAAAUAAAUAAUCAUAUAAUGAGUUGUCUGCAAGUAUUAAUAACGCGUAGGGCUGCAACAAUGUACUGGACCUCUAGCUUCAUCGCUCUCAUUACUAUCGCAUUAUUCAUAAGAGACCUACGGUGCAUUAUACAUACCCAUCACUAAUGUAUAUUGCUUAGGAAUAUUAUUUUUUCUCGUACGGAAUCAAUACAGCCCAGUGUGGUAGAAGAAAAGGUACAAGCAUUUACCUAUCGACGUUCUCUUGUACUAAUAUCGAUGUCUCAACGAAGAGUUUCGGAUAUUUUUGAGCAACCAGUUGUUUCUGAUACACAUUACCUUGGAUUCAACCUCAAGUGCCUCAUAUUUUGUGGUUUGUGGAAUCCAUAUAACAGUCAUGGAAAAUGGCUGUAUAAUGCUUACACAGUAGUUAUUGUUUUGUUAUUGCCGUUGGUGAAACUGGAGGGCUAUGUUAUGUCAGUGCGAAGUCUGCAACAGUCUUUCAUCCAACAGACAUUACACAUCUUUCUAAUAUCAGUAUUCGGUGUCGGCUGGCUUAAACAUGUAAAUCUUCUGUGGCAUCAAUCAGAUAUUGCAUUCAUUGCUACUGUAUUUCAUUGGGAAAGAUCUGUCGUCUGUUCAGCAGAAGUUGCCCUUUACAGAAACAAGGUUUUGACGAAAACAAUGAAAUUCCUGAGGAAAUCCACUAUCAUAUGGUUGUGGCUCUGUAUUUUUGAUACGCCCUUACUUUACCGAGAUAACUUGGAUGGAAAUGUACAGGCUCUACCAAUAAGCUUCACAAUAUUCAGACACUACGUGAAAGAGAUGAAUUUUUUUACUGUAUUAUUCAUAGAUUACCUAAUAGUAGUAAUGUUUUGUUGGUCAGUAAUAGCAAAUGACAGCCUGUUUCUCACUCUCAUGCUCCACAUGAGAGCACAACUAAAGAUUCUUAACUUCCGUCUUAAAAGAUGUGCAAAUCCUGUACGUGACUACCAAUGCGCUGAUCCUCUACCCAAUAAGUUUGAGAGCCCUAAACGAGCUGUGGAUGUGCGACAGCCCAACAGGAUUCAGGAAUUCAUUAUUUGUAUUCAACACUAUCAAAAACUGUUCGGAUUAAUGCGUAUAUUGAAUAGAAUAUAUGGAUCAGUGCUUUUACCACAGCUACUUUCAAGUAUAAGCCUAAUAGCUCUCAUCGGAAUUCACGUCUUUGUGACCAAAACCAUGAAUCCCAAAGAACCAAGUUCUGCUCUAGUCCUUCUCCUGAGCCUGGCCAGUGCCUUGAUGGAAGUGGGGGUGUACUGUUGCGGAGGCGACAUUGUAAUUGUGGAAAGUGAUCUCACCAAAUUGGCUGUAUAUAACUCUUAUUGGUAUCUGGAAGACACAGAAUUUAAAACUACUCUGAUAACUUUUUUGGCAAUGGCUCAGCAACCGUUUUCUAUCAGAGCUGGUGGGAUUUUUGAAAUUUCAUUAGUUACAUUAAAAAGUGUAUUCUCAAAGUCUUACUCAGCAAUGGCGAUUUUGCAGAGGUCCCUUGGAUGAAAUAGUGGAUGGACAAUGUCAAACUGUGAAUCUUGCGAGUAUAUGUAUAAGUGAAUAUAUAUGAUAAAUAUAUAGGUUGAAAAC